CGGGAAGAUGGUGUCUGUGCUGCCGCGCAUUGAGAGGUUGUCGUCUCGGGUGAUUCGCGUGCUGGGUUGCAACCCGGGACCCAUGACCUUGCAGGGCACCAACACGUAUUUGGUGGGCACCGGGCCCAGGGGAGCCGGCUGUUCCUGAAUAUAUUGGCUGUUUGAAACAAGCACUCACAGAAUUCAGUAUUUCAAUCCAGGAAAUUUUGGUGACGCACUGGCAUCAUGACCACACUGGAGGAAUAUCUGAUAUCUGUAAAAACAUUCCUAGUGGUAGAACUUUGCCCUACCCAGUGAAGAAUGACUGUGCAAAGUUUGCCUUCCCCUAAAAGAGAACAAGAGCCCCUUGAAAAUACGGAACUUUGGACUGUGGUCCAAGUAUGUGAACUGCACCUGAGCUGUGUCCUGGGACUAGAAGCUUCCGAAUAUUGCAUCAGUAAACUUCCUCGUAACCCACAUUGUGAAGAAGUAAUAGGAGAAAGAAAGCAAAAGUAUUCAUACCUGAAAGAUGGAGAUGUUGUCAAGACAGAGGGAGCUACUCUUAGAGUAUUAUAUACACCUGGACAUACAGAUGAUCACAUGGCUUUACAUCUCAUAGAAGAAAAUGCUAUCUUUUCUGGUGACUGUAUUUUAGGAGAAGGGACAGCCGUGUUUGAAGACCUGUAUGAGUAUAUGAAAUCACUGGAAAAGCUUCUGGCAAUGAAAACUGAUUUAAUAUACCCUGGACAUGGUCCAGUAGUAAAUGAGGCACAAGCUAAAAUCCAAGAAUACAUUACUCACAGAAAUGCACGUGAGAAGCAAAUCUUGAAUACCCUGCAAGAGAAUACCGGAAAAUCUCUCACAACUGAAGAGGUUGUGAAAAUUGUAUACAAGGAUACACCUGAACAUUUGCAUAAAGCUGCAGAAGUUAAUCUUACUCAUCACUUGAAAAAACUAGAAAAAGAAGGGAAAGUGUCAUACAGCAACUUGAGGUGGAAAAGCAACUUAUAAAUAUAAUGCACAAGCAAGCACAACGAUGGUGUACAUAUCUUCUAUGUUCUGUGAAAUUUGAAAGCUCUCAUCACCUUGUUGGUAUACAAUUUAUAAAAAGUGCCUGAGUGCUUAAGUAUAUUCUUCUAUGAAAGAUUAACUUUGCUGCAACACAGAAUUAACUUACAUCAACAAUAAAUGAAUAAAAUGAAA